UGCGGGCGCUGAGAGGCGGGAGCGCUCCGCUGUGAGGGGAGCGGCUCCUCCGCGCCCCGCAGAGCCGCGUGGGUCCUUUGCUGUGCCUUCCACGGCCUCUCCAGCCUCCCAGGAGGGAGCAAAAGUUUAUCUGCAGUGAUGAUGGAUCCUUUGGAGAACAACUUGUUUGAUCUUCCUGAUUAUGAGAAUACUGAAGAUGAAACAUUCCCACCUCUUCCGCCUCCAGCCUCUCCAGGAAGAGAUGAUGUUGAAUGGGCUCAAGCUAAUGGAGAACCAGAUGAAAACCAGCAGUCACAGCCAAAGGAUUCUGCUGCAGCUCCACGAAAAGCAGUGAAAAGACCAAUGCCUAAACUAGAUGCCCAGAGGUUAAUUUCAGAAAGAGGCCUUCCGGCCCUGAGACACAUGUUCGACAAUGUAAAGUUCAAGGGUAAAGGGCAUGAGGCAGAAGACCUGAAGACACUCAUGCGACAUAUGGAACACUGGGCUCACAGACUGUUUCCAAAACUGCAGUUUGAGGAUUUUAUUGGCAGAGUAGAGUCUUUGGGAAACAAAAAGGAAGUUCAGACCUGCCUAAAGCGGAUUAGACUUGAUCUUCCUAUUUUGCAUGAAGACUUUGCAAAUAAUGAAGAUGGUGGAGGAGGAAACAAAGGACUGGAUGCAGCCACUGAAGAUGUACGUUCCUGCUCUGGAAAUGCAGAAGAUCUAAAUUCUCCGUCUGGUACAACUCUCACGGAAGAGCAACAAGAGCGAAUCAAGAAGAACAGGCAGCUAGCCUUGGAACGUAGGCAAGCCAAGAUGCAGUGUAACAGCCAGUCACAACACAAUGAGCUUUCCUCUAGUUAUUUGGAAGAGGAGUUUAAUACCCCAAUUGCAGAGGAUCCCACUGACCUUAUUGAAGACGCUCAAACUGCCACAACUGUGGCUGCUGUUCCAGAAGCUGAAGAUGGAGACAGAGAAUGGGAAUGUGCCAGUGAAAAGCAAUAACUAUUCCCCGUGCUUUGAAUGACUUUCUUGACAAAAAGACACAAUAUUUUAAGUGCUAUUUUUCUAUCAAAAUGUUGCUUGCUCUUUAUGCUUUGACUCCAGAAGCUCCACUGAAGUCUUUACUGUGACAUCUGUGUAGCUGGACAGGAUGCUUGUCUGGAAACUGCAGAUGAGCAACUCCACACACCAGGAAGCAGAACAAAAGUUCUUCAUCUGCAUUUGGGACAUCCCUCCUGGACAUUCUUUAGGAAAAGUUAGUGAGACUUUUUUACCUAUUUUGAACUUUGUUUACAACUGAUGUCAAACUGAACUGACUGGGAUAUUUGCAAGGGAAGUUUCUGAUAAAGGUGGGUUUACUUUUUUUAAUAGAGGUUGUCUAUAAUAACAGGUAAGGAUGUGCCUGAACAGGUCUUCUAACCAAGUACUUGUAUCUUGUUCUUAUAAAAUGGAAGCCAUUAAAUUUCAGAAGUCAAACCUGAACUUUUUGUACAAGGCUGCUACAACUCUGGACCUCCACUUCCCCUGUGCUAGUCAAACAGCUCUUCAGACCAGUCCAGCCAGCAGGGGAACAGGCUUUGGCUUUGACCAAAUCUGUUACCUUCCUUCAGCUGACUUUGUUCUGUCUUGAAUCUGUCUUUCAUCUGCUUUUUACACUGUUGCUUUUCCUUACAUAGUAGCUCUUCUCUUGUGGAACGAACAAGAAUCACUGUAGCUGUAAGGCACUCUCCACUAGCACAGGGCAGACUUCAUAACAAACUAAACAUCUAGAAACUGAAUGUAGACAAGAGCAGCACUUGCAGCAGAUGAAAUAAGUUCACAUCAACGGGUGUUACUUCGUCAGAUGUGGAGCUGGGGGAUUUUUAUAAAGAUUCGGUAUUCUAGAUCAGUGUGAAGGACUUAACUUUUUAGGUCCCUGUAGCUAUGAAUUAAACUCACUAAUGUAUAGUGGAAGAUAGCCAACAGCUGUAGGAAAGGGAGGUUUUGAGAACUGAAUUUAUGAAUAACAGGGGAAAGUAAUGUUCUGAAUGAUAGUUAAAAGAAUUUACCUCUCUGUCUUUCACAGAAUUGUUUAGAUUCUUAGCCCUCCUUUUGCUCCUGAUGUAUUUAUGGAAAAAUUUAUUGGAUUUUUUUUGUGCCAGUAGCCAGAGUAAGUUCUAGCUGGGCUUUGGCCCUUCUGACUUUCUCCCUGUAUGACUUCACAACAUCUUUGUAGUCCUCUUGAGUUGCCAUCUCUUCUUCCAAAGGCAAUAAAUUUUUUUUUUUUGUUUUUCCUUCUGAGUUCUACCCAGAGCUCUGAGUUCAGCUAGGCCAGCGGUUUUCCCCAUUGGCUUGUCUUCUGGCACAUGGGAACAGCCUGCUCCUGCACCUGUAAGACUUUUCUUGAAGCUUGUCCAGCCCUUCAGGGCUGCCUCCCAGGGAAUGCCAGCUGCUGUGCUCCUAAACAGGCCCAAGUCUGCCUUCCAGCAGUCCAUGGGGGCUGUUGUGCUGGCCCCUCCCUCACAUCUCCAAGAAUAAAAACACUUUCCUAUGAUCACCUGCCAAAGGCAGCUUCCAGCCAUCCCAUCACCCACUAGUCCUUCUCUGUUAGU